AUGAAUAGUACUAAUACAACAACUACUACAACUACAACAAAGACAGCAUCAAUCAAUACCAUUACUGAUAAUGACAAUGAUGAUGAAAUUAGUCGAGGCAAUAAAUUCUCACGAUAUCAUGAAAAGGAGGAAUUUUGUACACCAUGUUAUAUUCAUCAAACUAAGAAAGAUAUAUCUACAAAGAGUACUAAUAAACGGUCAAUUUUAACAACAAAAAAUUACUCUACAACAACUGGUCUAUUAUAUGAUUUACUAUCGGGUACAGAAAACUUCGAUUCAGUUUAUUUGAGGAGUCAGUUAGUGUUUUUGACAUGUGAUAAUGCGAAAUCAAUAACUAAUCUUAAAAAAGAUAACUUUCUUAGUCGACGCAAAAUCAAUAAUUCAUCAUCUGUUCAAAGGAGACGUAAAUCAAUUAAACCAAAGAAUAAUGGUAGAAAAAUUUUCCAGGACAAUCUGUUAGGCGAGAAGUUGUCAUCGUCUUCUCCAUUAUCAUCAUCAUCUUUAUCAUCAUCACCUUCAUCUUCAUCAUCUUCGUCUACAUUGAGCCCUGCACAUAUUAAUUUGUUAACACAUUCCCAGUUAUCUCCAACGAAGUUAUUUGAUAGAUUUGAAUACUUAAAAACCAACCACGCUCUACAUUCCCAGUCACCUAUUAAUCAUUUUCCUACUGUGCAUACUGCUAAUCUCACUACCGUUACAACUUCUACAACUAUGAAUAGUCAAGAAUGUUCUGAACAACCACUUGAUUAUUCUUCAGCUUCCUCUCAUUCCAAUCACUCAGGUUUACUCAAUAACUUUAAAUGUAAUAUUCCUACCUCAGAUAUCAAAACCUCAAAAAGAAGGAGGAGUUUUGCCGGUGAUUUAGAUUACACUUCACGAUUUUUUGACAAUUCAAGUAUUCUACGAUGGAAUAGUUUAAGACAUAAUUCAGUUACAUUCCCUGUGUCUCAUACUGUAAGCAAAUUUAGGAAUUGUAUUACUUCUAGUACCAAUGUUACUGGUAGUACUACCAUUAAUACUAUCAGUAAUAGUAAUUUAAGACCUGAACGUCAGCCAUCAGAAGAAUUUAUUCGUAAAGAUAUUGAACAAAAACUACAUAAGAAUAAUCUGAAUAAUACAUCGAACAAUGAAUCAACCUUACUAGGAGCCAACUUACUUAACUUAAUUCUAUCUCCAGCAUGUUAUCAAAUGGCUUUAUCCGCUGCAUUCGCCUUAUGUGCAUCUUCCGUUUUUCCGUCUUUUGAUAAUACAAUAUAUCGAAAUAAUGAUUUUUCAAAUUCAUGUAAUAGCCUUAAGACAACAAGUGAAUUAGCCUGUAAUCUAUGGACAUUAUCGAAUUCCAAUCGAAUUACUUCUAGUGAACAAAUGAAUGAAAAUAAUCAACAAUAUUUAUCAAAGUCAAAUCAAUCAUCAUCAAGAUUAUCAGACGAGAAACAUGAUAAUAUUUCAAAACCGGUACAUAUACAACAUUCAUCAUCAAUUCAAUCCAAGCUCAAUGUAAAACUUAAUUCAUUGACAAAAUUAAAAACCGGUGAAAGUGUACCAUCUAAAAAAUCCAUUUUAAAAUUACACUUCUUCCUUAAAAACACUCAACAUAAUCAUCAAACAAAACUUUUGAAGAAAAAACAAACUCUUCACAUAGUCGAACAUUGUAUCAACAUUCCAGUAAAAACAACAACAACAACAAAAUCAAUAAUGCUUCAAAAUCUAACCUUUUACAAUAAAUUAAAACAGUGGUUUAGACAAAUGAUUCAUUUAAUUGAACAACCAAAAUUAGCAAUAAUCUCUUUAUUACAUAAUAAUAUUAGACAUGAUUUAACCACGACAAAUUUAUUCGAUUCAUUCAAUGAAUAUCUAUUAGAUCAGUCGAGUGAUACAAGAUUAGAACUUUUAAACAUAUCAUGGUAUCGGUUAUUGAUAGGUUAUUUAAUUGAACAUGAACAUUUGAAUUCACUCAUGACAACAUUUUCAUCAUCGUCACCAUCACCAUCAUCAUCAUCAUCAUCAUCGCCAUCGUCUACGUCAUUGUCACCAGUGAAUGAUAAGAGUAAAUUUAAUGGGGAGAAAUUAAUAAUUGAGAAAAAAUUUCGAAUCGGUAAAUCGAUAAAUUCAAAGAGGAAAUAUGUUGAAAGGAUCAGCGCCUUUCAUGAUAUUCAAUCAAUAGCAACCAUAUGUUAUUCACUGAAAUUUACUCAUUCAGUUUACAGUCUGAUUCGAAUUGGUUUAUUAAUAUUAGGCAAUUAUCAAAAAACGCAAUCUAUCAAUGAUAUCCAUUGGUUGGAACAAACACUUCUAGAAUAUAUAGUCACAACCAAAGUAACCAAGGAAAAAUCUAAUUCCAGUCCAAACUCAUCACCACAGAGGUGUCAGACAAUGAGUACCAAUCUUUCUGAUAACUUUAAUACUACUACAACUACUACUCUUACUGAUGUGUUCAACUGUAUCAAUAUUGGUAACAGUAACAGUAAUAGUAGUAGUAGUAGUAACAAUGUCAGUAGCAGUGUUAUUCCUAUUGAUGCACCAUCCAUGAUACAUACAUUAAUUGAUAAACUAUUGAAUAUAACUAAAGAGUCAAUUAUUUUCUUUGUAUCUAAUCAAUUAGGUGAUUCAGUUGAAGAUUUAUUCAACAGUCUUGUCAAAAUCUCACAAACAUAAUUCCAAUGUUCUAAAACAACGUUUUUUUUGUUUUGUGUUUUUUUUGUCUAUUUUUUUCUUUUCAUCGAUACUUUAUCUUCAAUUUGUUUUCGAUUGUUUAUAAGUGCUAUUAUCAUUACUAUUAUUAUUAC